AUGAGUGACGAGAUGGAGACUACAAUUGAGAGUCCUAGUCUUUUAGUGAGUGGAUUGAAAAGAAAGAGCGAGAACGCUGGUGAGGAGCCACAUUUGGAGGCAGCUAUUAAAAGAGUGGCCUUGAAUGAGGAAGAUAUUGUUAAGGAUAAUAUUACUAGUCUUAAGACAGAAGAUGAUGAGACCUCUGAUGGUUCUAGAAGUUCCAGUAAUAAUUCUGAUCUAGUGAACCUACGGAUGUUGUGUCUCGUGAGAGAGGCGUCGUUGAUUGUGGGAUCAAAAGGUGAGACAAUAUCGAGGAUUAAAAAUGAGACGUCGACAAGAAUCAAUGUUUCUGAGAAUAUUAAAGGUGUUCCUGAACGCGUAGUAUACUUCAGGGGUUCUUGUGAAAAUGUUGCUAAAGCGUUUGGUAAAGUGAGUAGAAUUCUCAGCGGUGCCAUGUUACAAGAAGAGAAAGAAAACAAAGAUAUUCCGAAGAAAUCAGCAGAAGAAGGUGAUAAAGAUAUAGAGAAUACAAUCCCGAUCACUGUACAUUUACUCAUACCCCAUCAUUUAAUGGGAUAUGUCAUUGGGAAGCAUGGUUCACGUCUUAAGGAGAUAGAAGAGUUAAGUGCAGCAAGAUUAUCAGCAUCACCAUAUCAAUUAUUACCAUCAAAUGAUAGAAUUUUGAAGGUGACAGGUGUUGCAGAUGCUUUACAUAUUGCAACUUUCUACGUUGCUCAAACCAUGACUAACUUCAAAGAUAAUUUGAGAAACAAGAAAACCGUAUUUUAUCAACCGGGACCACUAUAUUCGGUCCUAGGAAAGAAUAAUCAUUAUCACAAUCAUAAUAAUAAUAGCAAUAUAAAUAACAAUGGCUACCGCAAUAGAAAUGGACUCUCCUUUAGAGGACCUAUGUACGUGAUGGUACCGCAGUCAUUAGCCAAUGGGCCCAAUAAUCAACCUGGAGCUGUAUAUACACCCGAAACUGCUGCAAAUGCGAAAUCUUUCAUUCCAACGCUACAGAUUCCGAACGUUAGAGUCGUCGAAAUACCACCGCAGCCACAACAGCCCUUAUUGCAACAAGAUGUAUAUAUUGACGAGAACUUCGUAGGGAAUAUCAUAGGUAAGGAGGGGAAACAUAUCAACUCGAUUAAGGAGACCACUGGCUGUUCAAUUUUCAUUGAGGGUCCAACAAAGGGUGCCAAAGAACGGAAAUUAACCAUCAAAGGUACACCUAUGGGCUCCCAAGCAGCCAUCAUGUUAAUAAGCAACAAGAUCGACCUUGAUAGAAACAACUCCAACAGCAAUAGCAGCAAUUGA